CCCUAGUGAAGCCUUUUCUAUUGUAUUGAGCAGACAACAAAACGAGGAAGGACGAGGAGCAAAGAGAAGAACGGGCUUCGGAGGAGCAACAGUCAGCUCUCUAUACCAGGAGGAGAUGAUCAGGGAAGAGGAUAAAAACAUCUUCGACUACUGCAGAGAAAACAACAUCGACCACAUCAGCGAGGCCAUCGUCUCGCAGAAAGUGGAAGUCAACACUAAAGACGAAGAGGGCCGGGCUCUCCUGCACUGGGCCUGUGAUCGAGGACACAAGGAUCUGGUUUCUGUUUUACUGCAGCACAAAGCGGACAUCAACAGUCAGAUCGAGGGGAGGGGGUCUGUGCAGAAUGGUUCAUAAAAGACUUAACAGUGGGAUAACUGGGAAAAAACACUCCACUAAUGAUUUAUCCAGAUAAUGACAGCAGCGCGGGGAGAGAUGUACAGAUGGAAGCUUCUCAGUGCUUUUGUGAGAUGUAUUUACAGUCAUGUAAGGAAUAUAAACUCAUAUCUUAAUGUGUUUCAGCAGGUGGGGAUAUUAUGUGGACUUUUGAAAGCUUUUCGUAACACAGAGUGAAAU